ACAUAGAUUCUUCCAUUACAUGCAACAACUCUCACUCAUCUCACCCUCCCCUUCCAUUAUAAAUUAAACCCAUCACCAACCCAAACUCAAACGCAAAAACAAACAACACACACACACUCUCUCGUUGUUGUUUAUCACCAUGGAGCCUCUCUCUUCCACCAAACACAAUAAUAAUAACAAUAAUAAUAAUCUCACUAAACCUUCUUCUCUCCAUGUCGAGUCACCACCACUUGAACCAAGUCCUCUCCGUAAGAUCAUGGUGGUUGCCUCCAUAGCCGCCGGUGUUCAAUUCGGUUGGGCCUUACAACUCUCUCUUUUAACACCUUACGUCCAGUUGUUAGGUAUCCCUCACACUUGGGCCGCUUACAUUUGGCUUUGCGGCCCGAUCUCUGGUAUGCUUGUCCAGCCCAUAGUCGGUUACCACAGCGACCGUUGCACUUCACGCUUCGGUCGCCGCCGUCCAUUCAUCGCUGCCGGUUCUUUCGCCGUCGCAAUCGCCGUUUUCUUAAUCGGCUACGCCGCCGACCUCGGCCACAUGUUCGGCGAUAACUUAGCACAAAAAACUCGUCCCCGCGCCAUCGCAAUCUUCGUCGUCGGUUUCUGGAUCCUCGACGUCGCUAAUAACAUGCUUCAAGGACCAUGCCGUGCACUCCUCGCCGACCUCUGCGCCGGUAACCAACGGAAAACGAGGAACGCAAACGCGUUUUUCUCGUUUUUUAUGGCUGUCGGUAACGUUCUUGGUUAUGCCGCCGGUUCUUACAACGGACUCUAUCACAUGUUUCCGUUCACGAAGACGAAAGCGUGUGAUGUUUACUGUGCGAAUUUGAAGAGUUGUUUCUUCCUCUCAAUCGCGCUUUUAACUAUUUUAGCAACAGCGGCACUGAUCUACGUUAAGGAAACUGCAAUUAGUUCAGAGAAAACCGCGGCUGUUGUAGCGGAGGAAGACGGUGCUGGUUCACGCGGUGGCAUGCCGUGUUUUGGGGAAUUAUCCGGUGCUUUUAAGGAACUAAAAAGGCCUAUGUGGAUCCUUUUAUUGGUGACGUGUCUUAAUUGGAUUGCGUGGUUUCCUUUCUUGUUGUUUGAUACGGAUUGGAUGGGUAAAGAGGUGUAUGGAGGAACGGUUGGGGAAGGUCGUGCGUAUGAUAUGGGCGUGCGCGCGGGUGCAUUAGGACUCAUGCUUAACUCUAUCGUAUUGGGUGCCACGUCAUUGGGGGUUGAUGUCAUGGCGCGUUUCGUUGGGGGCGUGAAGAGGUUGUGGGGAAUCGUUAACUUUUUGCUUGCGAUUUGUUUGGCAAUGACGGUUUUGGUUACUAAAUUAGCUGAGCAUUCGCGACAAUACGCCGACGGUCAGCCUCUUCCACCUACCGGCGGUAUCAAAGCCGGCGCGUUGGCUCUCUUUUCCGUCCUUGGAAUUCCUCUCGCGAUUACUUACAGCAUACCCUUUGCUCUAGCAUCUAUUUUCUCCAGCACAUCAGGGGCAGGCCAAGGUUUAUCACUAGGAGUUCUCAAUCUUGCAAUUGUCAUACCACAGAUGUUUGUGUCUGUUCUGAGUGGACCAUGGGAUGCUCUGUUUGGAGGUGGUAACUUGCCGGCAUUCGUGGUGGGCGCGGUGGCGGCUCUAGCAAGUGGCAUAUUAUCCAUAAUUUUACUUCCAUCUCCACCACCAGAUUUGGCCAAGUCUGUGUCAGCAACUGGAGGAGGCUUUCAUUAAACAUUUUCGUCAUGUGUCUCUUUUUUGUCCUAGUGUUUAAUAUGGAAGAAGAAGAAGAAGAAAAAAAAAAAAAACAAGAAUGUUUUUUUUUCUUCUUUUCUUUUUUAAUUUGAAGCCGUUGUGUAGAAGGCUUUUUUUAGAUCCCAACAAAUGCUAGAAUUGCCAUUUUUGUGGCAUGAAUCAAUGACUAAUAAUCAGUCAUUUUUUUUCUUGUAAAGUUUGAUGAGAGGCUGUACAUAAUCCUGUUGGAACAGGACCCAGCCAGCCCUUUGUUUAUUUAUGUGAUCUUUUGGUACAUUCUGGUUGCUCAGAGGAUAAUGUAGUGAUGAAGUAUGCAUGGUUAAUCCAUUAAUAAUACUUAUGGGGAGAUAGUUCUGAAUUUGACUACUCUAUUUUCCCAUUCCCUA